GUAAAGGUUUAAAAUUUGGGAAAAUGUUCACGGUAAUUUCCAGUCACCGAAUUUUAUUGAGCACGAUAGGACCAAGGGUUUUCCAAGUCCUGCCCUUGCUGAACAAAAGGACUGGCAUUUGUGACUCAACUAAGUGGCACCUUCGAUGUUUGAAUGUAAAAGUUGGAGACCGUGCCGAGUUCACUAAGGCUUUUACCCAGAAGGACGUGGUUAUGUUUUCUGAAUUAACUGGGGACAUCAACCCCUUGCACUUAAAUGAAGACUUUGCAAAGCAGACAAAAUUUGAAAGGACCAUUGUUCAUGGAGUUUUGAUCAAUGGACUUAUUUCUGCCCUUCUGGGGACCAAGAUGCCUGGUCCAGGCUGUGUGUUUAUUUCUCAGGAGAUUAACUUCCCAGCCCCUUUGUAUGUUGGAGAAAUGGUAUUAGCGGCUGCUGAAGUGAAAAAGCUGAAGAUGUGCAUUGCUUUUAUUGAAGUAUCAUGUUGUGUCAUAGAAAAAAGAAAAACUGUGAUGGAAGGCAUGGUUAAAGUGAGGAUCCCAGAUGUCCCUGGUUCUUGAACCAUAUGUCAAAGCUACAGAAUCGGAAAUGUAGUAAUGUGAAAAUUAAAGUACAACUUGAGAAAAUGA